AUGGCACUAAUUUCAAGUCGAUGGGUGUUGCUGGUUGCAACGAUAGUGUUGCUGUGUCAAGCCGGCGUCUUUUACCUGCAGGCGUGGCGUUGUCAGCUGCAAUUCCAGACUAAUGCAACGAAUGCGGAGGAUAUGCUCACGGUGCUGGCCGUAACAGACGUGCAUCUGCUGGGCAAGAGGCGGCGCUCAUUGAUCGAGCGUUUGUGGGUAGACUUGCAAGUGCAUGCAUCCGCUAGGGCGGCAGUGGACGUGCACAAUCCAGAUGUAGCGCUCGUUCUCGGUGACCAAUUGGAUGAAAGCAGUCGAUAUACGCCAAAAUCGGAUUGGGACGAGUACAUUUCGCGUUUCAUUCGAGCCUUUUCCAGCUGCUUGCCGCUCAGGACGCUAUACUUGGUAGGAAACCACGACACAUCGUUUGGACGUGACAUGAGGAUGGAGGACUUGAAGCGCUAUGAAGUCACGUUUGGGGCUGCGAACCGCAUCGAUGAGAUUGGAGGGCAUACGUUUGUGAGUCUCAAUACGAUGGCGCUAGACUCAGAUGUAAUGAGCAGCGACGUGAGGAAAGAAGCGAGAAGCUUCCUAGAGAGCAUCAACUUUGUCGACCUGCGAGCGCGUGCGGCCGGUCAUAUUAUCCUGCUCACACAUCUACCUCUCUUUCGCAUGAAUGAUCUUCAAUGCGGAGAGGAUCGACUUCGCGAGUCAGGACAUGUCACGUACGAGCAUCCAGGCUUUGAGUACGAUACCCACCAACAUGUGCUAUCGCGUGAGCUGUCUGCGGAGCUGCUGGGUAAGGUACAACCAAGCGUGGUACUGUCGGGCCACACCCACGCGUGGUGCGCGUACCAUCACCGUGGCACAACUACUAUGGAGUAUACCAUUCCUGCUUUUUCGUGGGGGCAACGCCCUGACCCGAGUUACGCCUUAAUGAGGCUACCCCGCGCUAGCAAUGUCAAAGCGGACCAACUUGAAGUGACGGUUUGUCACUUGCCGCAGGAGCCACUCAUCUUUGCAAUUUAUGCCCUGACACCUGCCACUAUUUUGCUAGCUCAUAUUUACAGACUCAUUUGCGCGCUACGUCCACCUAAGGUGAAAGCGAAGGGUGCGUGA